CGUAUCGCAGCAGGCUACACGAACUUCACGAACAGUCAUUCGUGUGGAAAUUAUCAAAGUAAACGGAGCUCUUCAAAUAUCACACAUUAAACGGUAGCCAUGGACAAAGUUGUGAAAUUCGCUGAGCCUGGUCGUGCAUUUGCCAAGGACUCGAUUCGUCUGGUCAAGCGCUGCACGAAGCCCGACCGCAAGGAAUUCCAAAAGAUUGCGAUUGCCACCGCCAUUGGCUUCUGCAUUAUGGGCUUCAUUGGAUUCUUUGUUAAGCUGAUACAUAUUCCCAUUAACAACAUUAUUGUUGGCUCGUAAGUCUUGGCGAUUGGCGAUUGGCAAUUGGACAGGAGGCGAGAAGGAGAUGAACAAUAAUAAUCAUCAAUUUUACAUAAAUAUACUUUAAUUUUUUUUUGCCUGUAUAGUUACACCAAGCACUAUGUACAUUCAACGAAUGUCCUCUUUUUUUGUAACAAAAUUUUCAUGUAUGUGAAAUGUAUUGCAAUAAUGUUCAAAAUUCCCAUUCACAACACAUGAACGUUAGUUAAUAAGCGUCAGUAA